GAGGUAUAAAUACCUGUCCCUUCCUGUCACCUGGCCACGGGAGCAGCAAAGCAUCAUCAGCAUCAUCACGUGUCAUCGCAGGACAAGGUGUCAUCAUCAGUGGACCUCCAAGACAUCGGGAACAAGAUGAAUACUGUUCUUGCUUGUCUUUUGGUUUUCUGCUGUUUCCUGUUUGUCCUGCAGACUCAAGCAGCAGAGUCUUUGCCGGAUCCUCAGCCAGCAGAUGUUGCUCCCAGAUGCGAAACAGGAGAAUUCUUUGCUUAUCCAAACACCAAAGGUGCGAUCUACAACCCCGAGUAUCAGGAGAGACGAGAAUACUUCACCAUCACAUUCAAGGAGUCUUUCUCUUCCAUACCCUGGGUGUCAGUCAGCUUUUCCAAGCUGGAUAUAGACCGGUCUGAAAAUGUCCGCACCAACAUUGUCACCACCAAUGUCUACCAGGCUGGCUUCAGGGUCUACGUCAACCAGUGGUCCGGCGCCAUCGUCCACGAGGCUAAGGUGUCGUGGAUCGCCUGCAACAUCUGAGUGCACCCGGGGUGGCUGGAUCCUCCUCACCUGCUGGACUGACCACAAGCCAUAGAGAACCAAAUGCCUUGUCCUAAAAGGAGAAAUUAAUAAUUCUUUUGCUUUUUGAAUAAAAAACACUUUCGAUAUUAAACAUGACAAAGGAACUUUGUGCGUUUAGAAAUGUAGCCACGGUAUGGUAUGUAACUCAAACUUGAUAAAACUUAUUUAGUGUGAUUUAGCAGACAUUUGUUUCUUAUUCAAUCACAAAACAACUGAAAGUGCAGUAUUGGCGAAUAUCUGGGGCCUGAGCUAGGUCGUGAUUUGUGUGAUUUCUGUUUACUUUGUGAGAUGGCGAACCUUGCGGUGCAGUCUGUGGUUCACUCACACCCCGGACCUGGCCUCGGUGCACAAAAGGCAAAGGUGACAAGAAGAGGAACAGUAGCAAGAAGCCUCUCACUUCCGAUGAUUGAUUUUUAUUUCUAGAUGAUUUCUUUGGUUAGACUAAGUAUACAAGGCGCCAUU